AUGGCAGCACAUGAUGUACAGGACGAUACUGGGCCCCAGCUGCAGGUUGAUAAGCCCACUGUUAUCUCCUCAUGGUUCUGCCCAUUUGCGCAGCGCACGCUGCUCGCGCUGAAUGCCAAGGGCGUCGCCUAUGUGCACCACGAGCUGUCCGACACCGACCUGUACAGCAAGCCCGCCUGGUUUCUGGACCUCAACCCUGCCGGCCUGGUCCCAACACUGGCGUGGCUGACGCCGGGUGGCGAGCGCCGCGUCCUGGGGGAGUCGCUCAUCAUCAACGAGUAUGUCGAUGAGGCGCUGCCAGGACCGAACUCACUGCUGCCGGACGAUCCGUUUGAGAAGGCCCAGGCGCGGCUGUUAAUCGACCGCUUCAGUAGCAGGGCCGUGCCAGAGUUCUACAAGCUGUUACUGCGGCAGGUCGCGGCGGACCAAGAGGCUGCAGCCACAGCCUUCAGCGCCCAGCUGGAGUGGCUAACAACCAAAGGGCUGCACCCGCAGGGGCCGUUCGCUCUGGGCACGUCGUUUACCCUGGUGGACGCAGCAAUACUGCCCUUCCUCCUGCGGCUGAUGUACGAGAGGUAUGCAGACGGCAGUGCCAACAGCCAAGUGGCGCGGGACAUCAAAAACGACAAGACGACCAGCUAG